AUGAUGAGCCUAGUCACGUCUUUGGCUUUGCCUUUGGCUUUGUUUUUGGGAUUGUGUUCGGCCGCUCCUGCGCCGCAUCUCUCCUCCACCUUUGGCGGAGAGAUGAGUGGAGCGGCUGAAAUGAGUAAGAACAGCUUCAACGCUUCGGUUCAGUCCAAUUUCUUUGAGGCUACGCUGAUUUGUAAGUUGGUUUUUGAAGUUAUGAUGUUUUAGUUAGUGCUAGAAUUAUUUUUGUAUUUUCAAACUAAAAAUAAAAAAAAAAUUUUUUUGAAAUUUGGAUAUUUUGGAAAAAAAAAUCAACAGGGGAACCAAGCUCACUUUUAAAAAAUUUUUUUUUGAUAAUGUGAUUGUUUUCGGAUUUGAUUCACCUUGCAUCAAUUGAAUCAUUUAAUUACCGUGAUAUUAGUAUGUUAAAAUUAAAAAAAAAGAAGUUUUAAAACUUUUCGAAAAAGAAUCAAAAACCCUUACUUUUUCUAAAAAUAAUAUUUUUGUUAUUUUAAAAUAUAAAAAAAUUAUUUUUUUUAAUUUCAGUAGUAUUCCCAGACACAUUGGUCAACUUGUACAAAAAAAGUAAGUCUUCUCUUCAAAAAUUUUUUUCGUUUAUUUCAUUUUUUUUAGCGCGUUAAAAUAAUUCUGUGCUCUCCAAUCCUGGAAAUUUCUUUGUGAAGGGCACAGAAUUAUUUAAGCAACCUAAUAAUUUUAAUCUUAAAAAUAUUUGGGCCAAGGCUCUGGGCUAGGGCGCUGGGCUAGGGCGCUGGGCUAGGGCUCUGGGCUAGGCCUCUGGGUUAGGGUUUUGGGCUAGGGCUCUGGGCUAGUACUCUGGACUAGGGCUCUGAGAUAGGAAUCUUGGCUAGGGCUCUUGAAUAGAGCUCUGGGCUAGGGCCUUUGACUCGGGCCAAAAAUUUACAUAUUUUUAAAAAUUUUUCAAAAUUUUAUAUAUCUUUAGAUCCCAGAAUCCGAGCAAGUGUGUUUAUUCAACCUGACCAGCAAUCCAGACAACUUUAAGGCUUUGAAAGAUCCUCAAAGUCAGGAUCAAGUCAAGGCGUUGAUCCAACAACAAUGUCCUGAAGGAGCUGAUAAAGUUACAGCUUUCUUUGAUCAAGCUGCCACAAUUUUGCAACAGGUCCCAGACUCGGUCAAAAGUCUUUUUGAGAAGGUAAAAUACGCGAUUUCUACUGAUAACUUUUAUUUUAAAAUUUAAAAGUUAAAAUUUUGAAUUUUUGAAAACUUUUUUAAAUAUAAAUUUUUUUUAUUUUAAAGUCAAAAACUUAAAAAUUGCAGUUCUUUGACUCAGUGAAGUCCUUCCAAACUCAAAUCCAGACCUCCCAGAACGCUUCUCAACCUCCAACUCAAGAUUCCAUCAAUCAGGUCAAGGAUGCCUUUACAACGUUGGUCACUGGCAUCAGAGACUUGUCAGAUACUGAUAAGAACGCUACUGCUCAGGUCUUCCCCAAAUUGUCUGCUUUCAUCACAGGUAAGGGUCCUAAUGGUUACAAGUAACAAUCAUGAUGACAUAUUUUAUGGAAAAAUUUAAAAUAUUUAAUGGUAGGUUGUUCAACUAAUUCUGUGCCUUUUUUCAAAGCAAAUUUUUGGUUUUAGGGGGCUCAGAAUUAUUUGAACAACCUAAUAGGGCACUGAAUUAUUUGAACAAUAUAAUAUUUUUGAGCUUAAUAAAGUCUUGACGUCAAUUUAUAUAGAAUUGAACGGCGAAAAACGGCAAGACUUUUUUUUGUACUUUAAGAUGUCAAAAUGAUGUGAUUUUUUGAAUUUUAAAAUUUUUUCAUUAUGAAAAUGUUCUAGGUGACGAUGCCAAGAACUUCCAGACCAGCCUGGCCAAUCUUAUGGCUCAAAGCCCAUCUGGUACAACUGGUAAGCCUGAUCCCGCCCAGCUGGCUCAAAUGAAAGUGAGUUUAAGAAAUUAUGAAAAAUAUGUCAUGAUCACACUUUUUUUUAACAAAUUUGGCACAAAAAGUGUGUUAUCAUUAUGGAGAAAAAUAUGUCAUCACGACGGAGAAAAGUAUGUUAUCAUGAUAAAGAAAAGACGUCAUCAUGAUAUAGAAAACUAUUUUCACUACAAAAAUUUAAAAAAAAGUUUUAGACCGCCUAUCAAACCCUCCGAACAGACUUCAAGAAGGUGAUCAACGACUACACCACCCAAAACCAGCAAUACCUGACUGAAGCCAGCCAGCUGGUUGGAAAUGAUCUGGCUAGCAAGCUAAAGUCUGGCAAAGGAUUGGGAGGCUAUGUCAACAACAAUCUGCCAGCCGACCUUGAUUCUUCCGAAAGCCUUGAGGGUAACUUCCAGAACUUCAAAAGCGUUGGAUGUAACAAUCCUUUUGGCCAUAGUCUUGAGGCCCAAUCAUCGGUCAAUCAAAACGGAUUUGGUGGCAAUUUGAAUAUUAAUUAA